UUGUCGCAUGUGUUACGUCAUAAGAGUGCGACAGUGUAAAGUGUAAACAAGGGGUGCAGCUUCCUCAGUGAGUUGCUCUUCCGCCCGUUCUUUGCUCCGUUAAAAUUCGCGUUUAUUUUUAUACCACGAUGCUCGACGUCGCUUCAACGUAUCGCCCCCUCUCGCAGUAAUAGUUCGUGUUUCAUGAGCGGCUGCGAUGGUGCUUUCCUUGGUGAGCCUGAGCGCCAUGAAGGUGGUGAACGAGCACUGCUCGUCGCCGUGGUGGCUCCGGUGGGUUCCGCGGGAGCUCUACGGACCGUUGCUGGACGCGUCCUUAGCCGCAUGCAGGCCGCUGGCCAUCAGCGACCUGGUCCACAGAUGGCCCGAACGCAGAUUGCUUGUCGGUGGGCGGAGGAACCGAGGACAACCGCCUCCGUGUCGCGCCUGUGUGCAGGCUCUGUUGCUUGCAGUGGUCAAAGGAUUUUCCGAUCAGAGAUGCGCACUGCGUGUUCUGGACUUGUGCGGCGUGCAAGGGGAGGAGGGUUCAUCGGUGGACACCAUGGGGGGCUGGUCCCUGACUGUGGCGCUGUGCACUACCAUUGUUCAGGCCAGGGCCGCGGCACACAGGAGUCAUGGAAGAGAUAAGGAGAGGAAGACGUUCUCCGCUAUCCACAGAGACAAGGACGUGAAAAGACAGCGAGCACCACGGAAGAGGCCCAAGGAAGCAAAUGAGUUGGUCUUGAGCUGCAUAGAAGGCCGACCAUCUAGGGGGGUUCUGGAGGAAGGGGAUGUGGUUAGGAGGUGCAAGGAGACGGACAGACUGAUAGAUGCACCAAGCAGCACGGAGGAGGAAGAAGAGGAUGAUACUUGCGUGUCAGUUUGGGUUAGAGCGGAUAUUUUCAUCAACGCCCGCUCUUGGGAGCGUAUGUGCAUGGCCCUGAGCACCCCGGCGCCUCUCAAGCUGCAUUGCCGCUACCUCAGAGUGGAGGAGAUUUCCGUGUCCAGCAUCAGGACUGUGCUGGACCUUCUCCCUCGCAGGGGCCUGCUGGGCGUCGACGUGCGCUACAGCAACCUGGGCGUGACGGGCCUGGCGCAGCUCAUGCCUCUGCUCGCCACCUUUCCCGACUUGAAGGCGCUCCGUCUGCAGUACUGCAACCUGGACCUGCGCCGGGACGAGCCGGGCCAGGAGGAGGCGCUCGGAGAUCUCUCCCGGGGUAUGGCGCAGCUGCGGCAACUGCAACGUCUCAGCCUGACGGCGCUGCGCUUACCGGGUCAACUCUGUGUGCUGCUGAGUUCACUACCACAGCCUCUGGAGGUGCUGGAGCUCCCCUAUCUGAGCCUGAGUGUGGCGGACCUGUCCUACCUGUCCUGCAGCCAUCACGCGUCCUCUCUGCAACAUCUGGACCUGAGUCAAAACCAUCUGGAUGCAAACACGCUGCCGUCCAUGCGCCGCUUUCUCUCCCAGGCGUCGGGAACGUUGCGCCACCUCUUCCUGAUGGGCUGCGGACUGCACGACGACUUACUGGGCCUGCUGCUCCCUUCGCUCGGGUGCUGCUUGUCCCUCCAACGCCUCGCCCUCGCUCUCAACCCGCUGUCCACGGCCGGCCUACAGGAAGUGGUGAGGACGGCGGCAAGGAUGCCCUCCCUGCGCCAGCUGCUGUACCCGAUCCCUCUUGAAGACUACGAGCCGGGGCUUCCCGAGCUGCCCUCCAGCGCUCAGCUCCUGGACUGGCCUCUGGACGAGUCCAAACAGGUCAGCAUCACCGAGAGCCGCCUUAACCAACUUCUGCAAGACUGUGGACGCUCUGACCUUUUCCUGACCAGUGACAUCAUCAACUUUGACAAAGACUAGGUGGACGAGAGCGGUGCAGGAAUAUGGCGGUUGUGUGUAACAUUUUUGUCAUGCAAGUGAACAAUUCACUUUCUUCAUUAAAGCCAACUUUUUUCACCAGUCAACAAUUAAAGACAAGGCAAUUCAUUUCUUACCAAGAAUCGUCUAUUCUCUUCUUAUAAUCUUUUAACAGACCACGCCCGGGUUGCCAGAUCUGGCCCGCGAAAGCCUGGAAAGAAUAAGCGUCAAUA